CUGCGCUUGCUCGUACUCCUAAGGGAGCUUCGGGCUCCGUGUCGGUGACUUCUCUUUCUGUGCUUCUUGUAGGGGCUGAGCGACGGUCUGCACCUACUCGUCCUCCUAACGAUGCAUCCUGACUUGUCUCCACACUUGCACACUGAAGAAUGCAACGCCCUGAUUAACUUGCUUAAGGAAUGUCACAAAAAUCACAACAUUCUGAAGUUUUUCGGUCAUUGCAACGACCUCGAUCGGGAAAUGAGGAAGUGCUUGAAGAAUGAGUACUCAGAGAAGAGGACCAGGAGCAGGGAGCAUGGUGCCGCCAUGCGACGGAGGCUUUCUGAUCCUCCAGAGGAAGCUGGGAGAUAGGCUCACUGGGGCCUCGGCUGGGAGACCCGAAGGUGGCCAGUGGCCGAAGAAAGUCCUUUCUUUUUGGCCUCUAGGACUCUUUGUAUGAAAAGUUCUCUGAAGGACGGAACCAUGGAGAAGCAGGAGAAUGGCUUCUCAGUACCUGCUGAACUUCAGUGCCAUGCCCCGUGCCUGGGAAAGUGUCCUCUGCUGCUGACUCUUUUCCUGCAAUAAAGUCACUGGACAGCGUGGGCCUCCCUUUCUUUAACCCCCUUGGGACUGGAGCGGAAGUGGUACCUGUAGGUUCCUCUGUUUGAGAACAUGGUGCUUGAAGGUUACACGGUGAAGGCACAAACUAACAUGGGAAUUCCAGGGACAUUCCAGCAGAGUCAACUAUACUGAAGUUCCCUGUUUUAUUGUUUUAAAGAGUCAUUUUCUGAAAGGUCAGAUAUUACUAGUUAGCUUUCAUAUUAUGGAUGGAAAUUAUUUGGAAAAAAAAAAAAAAGAACCUGUAGUGACCAUGUACGUGUUCCUUACCAUUCUUUAAGUAACACAGCGCAGCUAUCACUUUACAGUCUAUUAGGCAUUAACUAAGCUAGAGCUAGUGUGGCCACAGGUGGAAGUGUGUAGGUUUUAUGCAAAUACUUUGCUUUUAAGGUUUAAGGAUAGAAGAUUCUAGAAGCAGCACUGCCUGAACCUCUGAGUGAUGACUAAUGAUGUGGAUAAGAUUGAAUCCAGCUAGGGCCCCAUCGUUUGGUUAAAUACCAUGGGUACCAGUUAACUCCUGGGCUCUAGCCUAGAAGCCCAGUGCUCUUCUUGUGUUCACAUCCCGCCCCCAUCCCCACCUCACGAAUACUACUCCCCGAGGUUUCUGAGACCUGUGACAGUUUGAAACCCAGCAGCUUCAGCUGCAGCCACAGCAGGGUGUCUUGGGCCUUCUCAGGAGCUGUAAGACAGACCAAGCUAUAAGCUUUCCGUAGUGUUUGGUGUAUAUAAUGUAUGUAUGAGACCCCAUUGGUGUUUAAUAAAUGGUUUUCCUAUUGCAGGAGAAGCUAAUCAAUUCAAUUUGCAGAGUGGCUUAACAGGAUAACAGCUGAUGAAAGGAGCAGGGCCAGAACCAGAAUUCUUGAAGUCCCUUCUGUGUCGGUCACUGUGAAUACAUUUUAUACAGUCUAUCAAAACAAGACAUUUUACUAGUAGAAUCUUGUAGCAAACCAAUAAACUGGCUUAACCACAGUCAACUACCAUUACAAAAGCCCCAUGAUUAGGGAGGUUUUAAAGAAGACACAGCGAGGAAAUUUGUGCCCCGUGUCCGUGGAGUCAUUACAGGAAGGCUAUCUGGUGAAGGCGACUUUUGACAAGGUAAACUGGGACACCAUCAUGACACCAGCAGGGCAUCAGUGUCACUGGGGGAUGGACCUAAUGGUGGAGGACGAAGGGCCAAGAAAGCUCUGAAUUCUGUUUGUCUGCAGGGACUUGCAGAGAGAGUUGCAAGAGUGAGCUGUUUCAGUUUGUGU